UGCAAGGUGCAAGGUGCAAGGUGCAAAAGGUGCAAAGGUGCAGUCGCAGUGGGUGGGCAGGCGUUUGAAGAGAGGGAAAGGGAACCCCUCCAAGCCCAAACCCAGAUCUUCCCUCACCAAGCCAUCCAUCCCGUCAUAUCCUCGACUCCUCCCCCUCCCCCAUCCACCUCCAACGCCGAUCUGUCAGUCUGCCUGUCAGUUUGUCAGUCUGCCAGUCUGUCCAGCCAGCCAAGGUAGAGCCAGUGCGUGUGGCCUUGACAACUGACCUCUUUGCGCGCUGCGCCCUCCCAAAGUCAAUCGGCCCCGGCCCCGAGCCGCCCACCCUACUACUACCAGACCUGCCCGCACCGCCAUCGCUCCAUCUCUCGCUGAAGACUCAGAACCUUCUCUCACCCUCGCGGAGCCUCACUCACCCUGCGCACCUCUCUCACCCACCAGAACCAUUCCCGUCGCUUGAUGACCCGGCCCGCCCUACCGGCAAUCAUUAUGUCGACUUUGUCCUGAGCGGAUCCCCCUGCAAUCCCGCCACCCCGGACAUUAGUCACCCUUUACGGAUCACGGAAUCACGGGUCACGGAACGCCUGCCCGCCCCUCCCCCUACCUCUCUCCCCUCGGUUUCCGCCCCCAGGAUGAAGACCGAAGACGACUCUUCCGACUACGUUUCCGCCGUGCCUCCCGUCUCAGCCUCCGACUCCGAUCCUGCUGCCAGCCUGCGGCCCUCCGGCGCCGCCACCGACCUCGAUCCGGCCGCCUAUCAAGCACCCGCCCUCUCCGGCCCCUCCACCUCGCCCACCAAGCCCUCGCAGUCCAAGCGGACCGUCUGUGACCACUGCAGGAGACGGCGAAUCCGCUGCGACGGACAGCUGCCGUGCCAGCAGUGUCUCAAUGCGAGCUUGACUUGCAAGCGGGAUCAUGUUCCCAGAAAGCGUGGCCCCAAGAGGGGCCACGGCCGUGUUAUCAAUGAGUUGAGGGCGCGUGAGAAGGAGAGAGAAAGCAGGGACAACAGUGCAGAACCUGAAGUCCCGCCAGGACGUGCCACCUACCCGUCCACGGCAUUGCCACAGGAUGUCUCGUGGCGGAACAACGCCUCGGAUCCUCGCAACGGACCAGAACCAAGGAGCAUGUUCACCUCGGAUCAGCACCAACCUAUCCACCGACCAUUCCUUCACCUAAUCCCGCAAUGUGUUGACCUCUACUACGAGCACAUCUAUCCUAUCAUGCCAGUCCUCUACAUGCCAGCGAUCCGCUCCAUGAUCACGAGGCAGAUGAACCCGUCCGAGAAGAACCUCAUCUUCGCUCUGUGUGCCCUGGUCAGCAUGCACAUGUCCGGGAAGAGCCUCAGCUUUGACGGCCCAGCCUCGUGGGAAGACGCCGGCCGCUUUUUCCUGGACGAGUGCGUGUCAAACCGGCAGUCCUAUGAUUUCAUGGAGGACAUGUCGUUGAAUGCUGUGAUAUCUUCAUUCUGGCUGUCCACCUCUUUCUUCGAGAUAAACCAAAACCGAAAGUCUUGGUUGUAUCUGAGAGAAGCACUCACCCUGGCCCAAGACAUGGGGCUGCAUGAUGAUUCCACAUACGUUAGCUUAUCCCCUCAGGAGGCUCUGUGCCGGCAACGGGUUUUCUGGAUAUUAUUUGUCACUGAAAGAUCUUUCGCCAUUUUGCGCAAUAAACCCAUCACGUUCAAGAAGACGCCAAUGUUACCUACGACGCGACAUUCAUACGAGUCGCCGGACAUUCAUGCCGGCUUCCUGCAGCUGGUGUCUUCGUAUACGCCUCUGGACGAGUCCUUUGUAUCGGCCUGGAACGAGGGAUCUGACCCGCGGGUCAGUGCAACAACCUACCUCGCUCUCCAGAAUCUUCUGGCCCAGCCUCCUUCCUUCCUUCAGCGAUCCCGCGCCACUACGCCGUCUUCAGACUCUGCCCCGGUCUUUUCUGCUCCUGUGACAGCAGCACCAUCAGUCUCGGGCUCCAAUGACGAUGCAGACGAGGAGAUAGUCCUGUCCGAGCCGACUGCCAUUCAGAAGGCUGACCUGCUGGUCACCCAGCAGUGGCUGAGGUUGAUUGUAUGGCAGGCUUCAUUUCGCCAGAGCCUUCUCAGCUGGACGGCCCCGCACGAGAGCAUGCAUUUCGCUUUUCCUCUGGCAAUCGCCCGCUCCACUGCUGCUGUCCUGCAAAGUCUUCCCAGCACCGCCGUCGAAGUACACGGCAUGGGGAUAUUCGAGAAGAUUUUCGAGAUUGGCACAUGGUGCAUGAAUGUGCUUGGCGCUGUCGAUCGGGCCAGCGCCGCUGGAACUCCAAUCAGUGGGCUGGGCUCCCUAAGCGGUGGCCUCAUGGGGAUGGACUUCUUGCCCGGAAACGGUGAUCUUGGUGUGCUUGGAGUCGGUAGGAAAGGCGCCGCCAUUGACCCGCUCGAGUUCUUCGUACGCACGCUCAGUGCAACACCAAACAGCAGGACACAGUUUGCUGAAAGACUGUUGAUGUUUGCCCAGGAGCGACCGGGCGGGAUGAGAAUGGCAUUGACGCCAUCCCUCACAUCACCCAUUCUGGGGCCUGAGGGCGGUAUGUCUAUGUCGUGGCUGACCGGGUCAAAUGGUGGCAGCCAAAUGGGUGGAAUCCUCGGGGAGGUGGUCAAAGACGAGCAGGAGCCGGAGGCCGAUUCUGAAAUGUACUCGAUGGGUGGCAACUUGAGCGUUGGACCGCCCACGUCGUCUUUUCUCGGCGACCCGCUACUCGACCCUGACAACGUCGACGCCUUUAGCACCGCUCUCAACAGCGUGGCUGCGGGUCAGCGCUCGAUCCCAGCAUCCGUGCCCGCGCUGACAACCUCGGUACCGCUUCCGGAUUGGACCAGUGACAUCAAUGGCGGGCCCCAGCAGGACUGGGAAUACGAUCUGACCAGCCCGCUGGCCGACAGCUUCAGCAACCACAUCUCGGCCUACAACAGUGGCACGGGGACCCCUAUUGGUUCCUUCACGCCUGGGACGUUCUCGAGGCAGGAUUCGGCAGACAGCUUGUAUCAAUACCAGCAAAGGCAACGGCAGCAAUUCACGAGUGGAUUCAGCAACGGCGGAAGCUCCAGCAGCAUCGGUAUGACCAAUGACUAGGACGGGAAUAUAGGGGAAUUUACAAAGGGUUUUGUUCGAAGGCUUUUCUAUGGAACGAAACAAGGUAUAACUCGGAGGCGAACGGCAUAGAAAUGGCAACAGGGGUCUUGAGCACUUUGGGGGUCACAGAUACCGUCGGCAUGUUAUUUUGGGAGGUAUGAAUCUUCCUGCUACUUUGGAGUCUCCAGGACGAUACCGGGGUGCAUUUCAAGGCGGUCGUAAUUUUUGGUGUGGUGCAUUAUUUUGGUCGCUCGUCUCCGCGUUUAUUUAGUACGAAUGCAUACCAGGAUAUGGGGUUGGGUGUGGAUACCCUAAUCAGUCCGUUGAAGAAAUUCAUCUCAUUC